AGAAAGUUCUUUUAUCAGAGGAACAACAACUCAUAACUCGCGCUUUGAAGCUGGUAGAUUCGUUCUUCCCGAAGGCGAGUUUAAUGCUUUGGACCUCGGCAUUCCCAGAUUGCAGAAGGGGAACCCCAAAUCGCGUACCCCAUUAAAAACCCCUCUCUCUCACCCCGCGGCAACUGCCAACAGACGAGAACCCCGUCCUCCAUCCACCACCGCACCCACCGGCAUCCUACCACUGCACCACCAAGGCCUGCUCUUCCUUCUUUCAAAGUUGGGGGCGAUUGCUGAUGAAUGUCUAGUAAUCUCUGCAUUCACAAUUGAAUCAGGAAGGUAAUUGAGAGAACAGACAAUGGCGGCUGCUACUUCAAAGUCUGCAUCACUCAAGGAAUAUCUGAAAAGAUAUGAGAAUAAGGUUGAAGAGGAGAAGAAAAAGAGGAAGAAAAAGAAGAAAUCUAAACCUGAUGCAUUGGGAGUUGUUGUUGUCGAUGAAGACCCUGUUUGGCAAAAACCUGUAAACCUUGAGGAAGAUGAAGAUGAUUCUGCGGAUGAAGAGAAGCCCAUGGUUGAUGAAGAUAUCGAAGUCAAACGGAUGAAGAGACUAGAGCAGCUUAAGUUGAGGCGCCCAUUUGGUGCCAUUUCUGAAGAUGGUAGCGGUUGGGUUCCAGUCUCUGAUGUUCCUACCCAAUUCAAUUCAGAGGAGGAAAAUUUGGAUAUAUCUCCGCCUCGUAGACAUAGGGUUCAGACUGACACACCUUCUCUGGAUCCGGAUUUGUCACCACCGCGACAGUUACGGAGACGUUUUCAUAGUCCAUUGCCAGAACCUGAAACAGAAGCUCUACAUUCUUCCGGAUCAGUUCCUAAACGUUUGAACCCGAAUGAUCAAGAUGCUGACAUCUCUCCUCCGCGUAAGAGGAGAGCGAGGAAUGACACACCUUCACCAGAACCCCAUCCCCAAGCAUCAAAGUCUGGCAGGGAGGUUAGUGAUCUGUCGCCACCGCGGAAACAACGUCGUUAUACUUCAUCGUCCGAACCUGGAAUGAAGCGUCCAAAUCUUGAUUCUUCCCCCCCUCGCCGACCUCGUCCUCAAAAGUCAGAGAUGGAUAGGCCCGCAUCAGGUGAUCUCUCUCCGCCACGGUCAAAUCGCCGGUCAAAUGGAGCUGAUGCUUCAAUUGUAUCUUCAGGGCGGAAUACCCGAAAAGAAUCAGUUUCCCUUAAAGAGCAACCGAAAACUGGUUUAGUAACAGGCCAAGAUAUCAAAGAAGAGAUUGCUCGAACAAAGAAAGAUGAUUGGAAGAGGUUUAAAGAUAUGGAUCCUUCUGUAAGUGGUCGAGGUGCUGAACCUGUAUACCGUGACAGAGCAACAGGAGAACGCAUAUCAAAGGACGAGUUACUGAAAGCAACAAAAAAGGAUGAAAAGCCUAAGGAGAUAAAAUUGGAGUGGGGGAAGGGCUUGGCUCAAAAGCGGGAAGCUGAAACGAGGCAACUGGAACUAGAACUUGAGAAGGACAAACCCUUUGCACGGACAAGAGAUGAUCCAGAACUUGACAGUAUGUUGAAGGAUAGACUUAGGUGGGGUGAUCCAAUGGCACACUUGGUGAAGAAAAAGCACUCUGAGCUUCUCCUACCAGAUCUAGGAGAUGAUGAUAAGAUGAAAGAAUCAGGUUUUGUGAUCCCCCAGGACAUUCCUAGUCACAGCUGGAUUAAAAGAGGACUCGAUGCUGCACCAAAUCGCUAUGGCAUCAAACCUGGGAGACACUGGGAUGGGGUGGAUCGCAGUAACGGAUUUGAGAAGAAAAUGUUCACCAGAAUGAACGAGAAGCAAGCAACAGAGAGGGAAGCAUAUCUUUGGUCUGUCUCCGACAUGUAGAGUACUAAGAAGGCCGAUACCAACUGGGUUUUCACUGCUUAGGAAGGGGAAAGACAACCUGCAGAAUUGAUGAUUCAAUUUAUGAGUGCAGCGAAGUCCGUGGUUUCGACUUCCGAUUGUCUUAUUUUCCUUUCUUGGUACAACGGGAAAGCAAUUGUCUCUUAUUUAUGUAUUUGUACUACGUGAGUAUCCAGUGAUAGGUAUGACUGAUCACUGAUCACUUGGCUUUUGCUACUAAGUGUAACUAUUUACAGUCUUUUUGGACAGUAAAUAUGGAUCUCAGUUCCUCGGAUCACAAA